AUUAAUCUGACCUUUUAAAAACGUAAAGUUUAGAUGAAGUUGAAACGUUUUCUCCUACGCUAUUAUCCACCAGGAAUUAUACUUGAUUAUGAACAGGGUGGAGCUAUGAAAACAAAAUCCAUAGAUCUUCUGGAGUUGACACCUGAAAGCGAUACUGAAGAAGUCCUGAAAGAAUUAUGUAGCAAGGAACCCUUGAUAACUGAGAAGCGGAAAACACAGGUUCAAGAGCUAAUUGAACGUCUGAAAUCCAAGCUCUGUCGUGGUAGUAAAACCAAAUUCGGCCAGUAUAAGAUAUUGCGUGCACAUAUUUUACCUUUGACCAAUGUUGCUUUCAACAAAAGUGGGAGCCACUUCAUUACUGGCUCUUAUGAUCGUACAUGUAAAGUUUGGCAGACCGAAACUGGAUCUGAAGUAUACACAUUAGAAGGACACCGAAAUGUGGUUUAUGCGAUUGUAUUUAAUUUACCUUUCUCAGAUAAGAUUGCAACUGGUUCAUUUGAUAAAACUGCUCGAUUAUGGAGUGCUGAAACUGGAAAAUGUCAUUAUGUUCUACAAGGUCAUACAGCAGAAGUUGUUUGUAUACAAUUCAAUCCAACUAGUAAUCUUAUUGCUACAGGUAGUAUGGAUACUCUUGCAAAAUUAUGGGAUGUGGAAACUGGAAGUGAAUUAGCUAGUCUAAAUGGUCACACAGCUGAAGUUAUUGCAUUGCAGUUCUCUCAGUGCAGUUCAGUUACAACUUAUGGAACAUCAAAUGGAAAUAAUGGUCCUUAUGCAGAUUCUGUGUGCGGAGCAGGUAAUGGACGCCUAAUGUUAACAGGAAGCUUUGAUCAUACUGUUUGCUUAUGGGAUGUAAGAACUGGUGAACGCACACAUCAUUUAAUUGGCCAUGCUGCAGAAGUAUCCGCUGCCUCAUUCACGUAUGACACUUGUUUAGUUGCAACAGCUUCAAUGGACAAGACUGUUAGGGUGUGGGAUACUAGAACUGGUCGUCAACUACACUUACUUACUGGUCAUCAGGAUGAAGUAUUGGAUGUAACAUUUGAUCCUAGUGGUCGACGUUUGGCUAGUGCUAGUGUUGAUGGUACUGCAAGAGUCUGGAAUGUUGGUUUAAGUGGUGAUACGAAAACUACCAAAUUCCUCUCUACACUAAUAGGACAUGAAGGUGAAGUUAGCAAAGUAUGCUUUAAUUCACCUGGUAAUCUAGUGUUAACAGCUAGUUCAGAUAAAACAGCACGUCUAUGGGACGCAGAAACUGGUGAAUUAAAAGAUAUUCUAUCUGGACAUACAGAUGAAGUAUUCAGUUGUGCUUUUAAUUAUGAAAGUGACACAAUUAUAACUGGAUCUAAAGAUAAUACAUGUCGUAUAUGGAAAUAACAUUUUUAACAAUAAUGAAUAUCAUGAACUUUCCUCCAUUUUUUUUUGUUACUUGAAUUGCUUAAUUUUCUU